UGAGCACUACUAACAACAUUUUACGCCACCACAUACACAAAUUCUGCGGCUGAAUUUGCGAAAAAAAUUGCAGAUUGCUGAUUGCAGGACGCAUGGAGAACGGUGUGGAAAACGGUGCCUUGGCCGAGGGCGAGCCGGUGGACGAGGUGGGCGAGAACCAGGUGGUGAGCAGCUCCGACGGCGAGGGUGAUGGCGAUGUCGAUGGCGAUGUUGAGGAGGAGGGGCAGGUGCUACAGCAGCAGCAGCAGCAGCCGCCGCCGACGUCGCCGCCGCCGCCGCAAAUAACAAACGAUUGCGAGCGGGAGUUGGAGGGGGAGCGUGAACUAUCCGCGUUGGAUGCAACUAAUACCAACAACUCGGACUCCGGACCACCGCCCCUGGAUAGGACGACAGCACCCGUCGCCGCCAUGCUGGAGGAUAACCUGUGCGACAAAGAUGUGGACAGCGAUGUUGGCGACGACGACAACGACGAUGAGGCCAAGGAGAACUACGAGGGCUUCAAUGGCACGGGACGCACGGUAACCUUGCAAACGCUGAUGGCCGCCAAUGUCCUGCAGCCGGGCCAGGGCUUGAUGACAAUCGAAUACCUGGGCCAGAAGUUUGUCGGAGACCUGCUUUCCGACGGCAAGAUCAAAUCCCAUGAGACUGAGACUAUUUUCCUGACGCCCAGCGCCUGGGCUAUGCACUGCAAGCGAAUCAUCAAUCCGGAGAAGAAGAGCGGCUGCGGCUGGGCCUCGGUCAAGUACAAGGGCAAAAAGCUGGACGCAUACAAGAACACGUAUCUGCGGAAGUGUGCCCUCCAAAAGGAGGCGCCGCUCGAUGACUGUGACCUGGAUGCCGAACGCAAGUCAGAGUCCCCGGAAAUUGUGGUUAAAAGAACAGUCUUCGCACACAAUACCGUGGCCAAUCGCAAUAUAGUUCACGACGCCAACAUGCUCAUUGAGUCCGUGCCCUUCUCGUCGGUGGGCAAACUGCAGCCCUUCCUCAUCACAAUCAACUCCUCUGCCCUCCUGCUGGCAGACUUCCACUGUCAUUUGACGGUGCGCGAGGUGUGCGGGUAUCUGGGCGGAACCUGGGACAUGAACACGCACACAUUAUCCAUUACAAAGACAUAUCCUUGCCGGAGCACACGCUUCGAUCGCCAGAGAGCCGGCGAAGUGGAACGGGACAUACAGAAGAUGAUGAUUCAGGAUCAGCUGCUGUUGGUGGGUUGGUAUCACUCGCAUCCCAAGUUCCAGGCGGAACCGACACUGCGCGACUGCGACUCCCAGCUGGACUAUCAGAUACGGAUGCGUGGAGCCAGCGAUCUCACCUACACGCCGUGUGUUUCCCUGAUUAUAUCUCCCUACUACGAUGAGAAUCCCACUCUCGAAUCGGUGGUCAAGUGCAUUUGGAUCGUGCCGCCCAAUGAGAACCGGCAAUCCAUGGAGUACGGGCGGCCCAUGCUGAUGCAAUACUCGGUACUGCCCGACAAGGAGAUACCCGAGGAGGUGCGCUCCGAGAUCCAGCUGUGCGUGGACUACUACACCCAGUACCGAAGCGAGGUGGUCAAGUUCCGGCACAUUUACAACAACGACGUCACCUACAACGAGAAGUUGAAGAACACGCUGUACCCGAAGUUCCCCACCAAGCAGAGCGACAAGGCGCUGUGGAACUGGAUCUGCGCGGUCCUCGACUGCGAGCAGGAGGAUGACUUCAUACCGCCCAAGACCAUCAAGAUCAUUGACAAUGACGAGCUGGAAGUGAAGGAGGAGGAUAAGGCUGUUGUUCUCAUGGACAUUGGAAGUGACAUAAAGGUGACGGCACCCAAGGAGGAGCUAUUCAGCGACUCUGUCAACGCCAUGGAGGAGAGUGCACGCAAAGCGGAGGAAGAGUCCACUGCUCAGGCCGAGCAGAAGGCCAGCGAGCUGAAGGUGAUGUCGCUGCAGGAGCAGCUGUGCAUGCCCUCCGGCUUAAAUAUGAACCCGGUGCGAAUGCUUUCGCCACUUGCCACCCCGAAUCCCACGAGUCAUCCGUCGGUGCUGCCCAAUCUGGUGGCCCCAACAUUGCCACCGGCUGCCGCCAGCCAGCAACAGCUGCUCCCCCCACAACUGCCCUCAACGGCUGCCGCACCACCAGCCAUCCCACCAGUUUCAACGACUCCGGCGUUGUCGUCUGCCUUGAGCGCCUCGCCACGCGACAGUCCGAUAACCAUUCAGUCGAACUCCGCCAGCCCGGCCAAGUUUGAGGUUCCUGUGAGGGCGUCCCCAUCGCCGGCCAAGUCGGACACCUCGUCGCACGCCUCAACCUCGCGUACUCGGAACUCGCCAGCGCCCAGUCCCGGCAAGUUCAGCGUGAGCGACAUUGCCCGAAACAGUCCCAGCAUAACGCCCAACAAGUACGAAGCGGCUGCGGCUGCCUUGGUGCCUCCAGCAGCUGCCUGUCUGCCCACGGCCAAUGAUCUAAUGGCCGCCAGCUUGGCCCAGCUGGCGGGACAGCUGCCGCCCAACUUCCUGCAGGCAGAUCUGGCGGCGCUCUUCCAGCAGCAGCGCAAGGAUUACGGUAGCUCUUCGCUUAACCAGCUGGCCGCAGCGGCGGCUAAGGUGGGUGGCUCCAAGCAAGGCAAUGCCACAGCUUCCGCCGGCUUAAGUGAUCCGAAUGUGGCAGCCGCCGUGGCGGCCUACUCGAAUAGCUUCAACAUGCCGAUGCCCACAGGAGGAGGAGGAGGAGCUGGUGGCGGUGGCAAUAGUAAUGCACACAACAACAGCAAGUCCAAGUCGGAGCGAUCAUCAAAGUCCUCGUCGUCGUCAUCCUCUUCGAACUCAAGCUCCACCUCCAAUUCGUACAAGACGAAACUUAUGAAGGAGCUGGACGAGCUGAAGAACGAUCCGCUAAAGAUGAGCGAGCUCAUCCGAUCGCCAGAGUAUGCAGCUCUGCUCCUCCAGCAAGCGGAAGCACUGGGCGCCACCACCCUGGGCACCCUGGGCUUUGGCUCCGACUAUAGUUAUUUGACAGGAGCUGGACUGGGAGUACCCACCGCCAACACCCUGACUGGCGGGCAACCAUCGAACUCUUCCUCUGGCAAGUCAUCGAAAUCCUCGCCGGCAGCUGCAGCAGCAGCUGCCCUCAGUGCGGACUACAACAACUUGAUCCAGGCCUCCAAGCUGCUCGGCUACGACUCCUACAUGCAGCAGAGCAAGCAGAGUAACGACCUUAACGCGUUCCUGCAGCAGCAGAUGGCAGCCGUGGCAGCUGCCUCGAUUCCGCCGCCUCCACAGGCCACGUCAAGUAGCAGUUCCAAUAGCAGUUCAUCCAAGAAACAGCAGCAGCAACAGUUGCAGCAACAGCAUCAGCAGCAGCAGCAACAGCAGCAGCAGGCCGCUGCUCAGGCGGACUACACGGCCUUGUUGCAGACUUACACCAAGUUGUUUGAUCCCAACAACCAAUUCGCUGCAGCGAUGGCGUCCAACAAGCACAUGGCAGGAGCCCACAAUGAACUCUCCGCACUGCUCUCCUCGGGAGUGGGCAUGUCAGGUGGUGGAGGAGGCGGUGGCGGUUCGAAGCAGAAGCAAAAGCAGAACCAGAACGACAUUCAGAGCGACAUGCUGAACCAGCUGCUGCAGCUGGAGAAGCAGGACUCGGAGAUCAAGGCGCUACUGUAUCGCCAGAAUAAGGCUGCUGCUGAUCUGGACGCCCUGUUUGCCACUCCCUCUGGGGCUGUGGUGGGGGCCGGGCCCUCGGGGAAUGCCCUAAAGGCAGGCGGCUCUUCAAGCGCAGCAGGAGCCAGUGGUCUCUCAUCGCCGUCAUCCCUCUCCAAUCCAGCCGCCUACUACAAUGCGUUGGCGCAGGAGAAGAUGCAGGAUUACGCUGCCUUCUUCCAGCAGCAGCAUGGCAAAUACGGUAUUCCCGAUCCGCUCUCGAAGACCACACUGGCGGCCAAUAACAUGUUCAUGACGCCAUCGGCCUUGUUCAAGAUCCAGCAGGAGUCUUUGUCAGCCAUGAUGAUGAAGCCCCCUAAAUCCACGACGCCCUCUUCGGCGCGAACCCGGGAGUCCUCGGCCUCGCCAGCUUUAGAACGGUUGACGCCCACAAAGUCUGCAAACAGUGGAGGAGGUGGAGGCGGCGGCGGCAAUAGCGGCAGCAACUCCAACUCUGCCGGAAAGUACAACUUUAGUGCCGUAGAUCUGGCCAUUUCCAGUGUGCCCUCGAAUACGCCCUCGCCGGCGCCAUCCGAUGGCAGCAGCAGCUCCUCGCAUCGAAGGCCCUCGCCGGAUCUGAGCCGUCUCUACGGGGAGCUAGCUCCACCGGGAGCACUUGGAUUGCCCAAGAAGCGCAUGGAAUUCGCAUCGGUGGCAGAUCUGGCUGCUCCGCCGCCGGCAAAGAUGCCCAAGAACAGCAUGGGCGAUGACAUCCUGAACUUGUCGCACGACUAGAAUUUCCGGAACGGAAAGAUGGCAAACGCACAUAUUUGCCAGAGGGCAUUUAAAGUCGCAGUAUUUUCCCAGAAGCAUCUAUUUCCAUGCGUAAUGCAAAAAAGUGUAGCAUCUCCAUUAACGUACCAGUGUCCGUCAUUUUAAUCGCCCAAUCAGUAUAUAUUUCGGGACAAAUAUUUUAUAAUAUCUUUCCAUUUUCCUAUUUUAAGUUUACAUAUUUUUUGCCAAGUGUAAAGUUCAUCAACGAUCGGAGUUAUGAUCGAACACACAUGUACUUUAUUUUCAUAUAUUUUUUACAAAACAGAGAGACAGUUUAGAUAUGCCGUGCAUAUAUACACACUCAUCAUGAUCCGUAAGGAAUUCUCCUUCCUACGAGUGAAUCUCCGCUUUUACUCACCCUACUCACGAGCGCUGUAUGUCCUUAAAUGUUUAAUUUAAUGUAAACUCGUACUAAUUUAGGUUUAAUUACCGCAUAAAAAGUACUUUAAGUAUUUUAAUAUACAGACAGAGCACACACAUCAACUGUAUUGUAUUGUAUUGCCUACACCACAUUAACUGUAACUUUGAAUCUUUGCCGCAAUAAAUUACACAACUAGUUACUUAGUUUA